AUGGCCGGCAAAUUUGUUCGCAGAGAGCGAAAGCACAAGAAGAUCGCCCGGCAAAAAGCCGAGGAGAACGGUGUAAUCCCCGACUCAAAUGCUGAUGAGAUCCUCCCCGAGGACCAGAAGGUCUUGCAGGAAAAGAGGGCCCAGCUUAAGGCCGACUUACUCAAAGAUGGCGCCAAAGUCAGCGGCAAGAAGGCGAAGCGUAUGGAGAAGUACAUCACGAACAAGCUGCGGAAGGAUGAGAACAGAGAGAUCCUGGCCAAGCUUGCGCAGCAGAAGGUCGACACCAGUCUGUUCACGAGUACAAAGUCGCUAGGACAAGGCAAGGAAACCAAGCGCCAAGCCUUGACUCGUGCAUUGAGGGAAAAGAAUGCGGGAUUGGAAGUUGAUCCGGCUGCGGAGGAGAUGCUUUAUGAGGAAAGGGAGGAAGUGCCCGAGGAAGAGUCCUCAGAGAGUGAGGAUGAGGCACCAAAGACAAUCGAGCCGCCAAAGGCCGUCAAGUCACAAGCGCCAAAGCCAUCCUCGGCGGCACCUACACCAGCAACUGCGCCUGUUUCCAAGCCGGAGCAACAGUCUCAACCGCAACCGCAGCCCGCCGCGUCUGUGGGAUCGGGUUUGAAGCGCCCGCUAGACGUCGACGAAGAAGGCCGCCCAGUCCUGCGGAAGCGUCAAAAGAGGGGCGGUAUCCAAUCAAAGUUCUCCAUCGCUGAGGCCGAAAAGGCGGACGAUGCAGAGGAGGAAUGGGGUGGUUUCAGCUCAGAGGGUGAAAAUGAAGAUGAAAAGGAUGAUGAGAGUUCUGAUGAGCAGUCUUCGGAAGAGGAAUCUGAGGAGGAAUCAAGUGAGGGCUCCGACGACUCCGACGAAGAUAUGGACGAGGAUGAGAGCGACUCUGGAAACAAGAAGCAAUCUGCUUUCAAGGCUUGGGCACAUGCUCAGAGAAACCAGGCGCUAGGCUACCAGCCGGUAACAGCGUCGGCGACAACACUCGAUAUUCCUAAGCCGGAGAACUUCACGCCACGACCCAUGGAGCAGGAGCCGCUACCUCAGGAACUCCAGCCAACGACCAACCUUGCCCGCAAGGCAUACAGUGUCACGGUGACGAGGACGCCCGAGAUCCAGGAGGCGCGCCUGAAGCUUCCUGUUGUCGCAGAGGAACAGAGGAUUAUGGAAAUGAUCCACAACAACGACAUCGUUGUUGUCUGCGGUGCCACCGGUUCUGGUAAGACGACGCAAGUUCCUCAGUUCUUAUAUGAGGCAGGCUACGGCUCUCCUACCUCGGACACCCCGGGAAUGAUCGGUGUUACGCAGCCCCGUCGAGUCGCCGCAGUGAGCAUGUCGAAACGUGUCGGCCAAGAGCUGGGUGAUCACUCGGACAGGGUUGCCUACCAGAUUCGUUUCGAGGGAACAACGUCUGCCAAGACCGCUGUCAAGUUCAUGACAGACGGUGUAUUGCUGCGAGAGAUGGCGCAGGACUUCUCCUUGAGGAAGUAUUCCGCCAUCAUUAUUGAUGAAGCCCACGAGAGAAGUGUAAACACCGAUAUUCUUAUUGGUAUGCUGAGUCGUAUCAACAACAUCCGCAAAGGAGAUGACAAGAUCGACCCCUCGAUCAAGCCUCUUAAAAUCAUCAUCAUGUCUGCUACAUUGCGAGUUGAGGACAUGACUAACAACUCUACGUUGUUCCCGACGCCACCUCCUGUCGUUGAGGUUGAGGGCCGUCAGCACCCUGUCACAAUCCAUUUCUCCCGACGCACGCAAUCUGAUUACGUCGAUGAGGCCUACAAGAAGAUCAUGCGAGGUCAUAGAAAAUUGCCGCCAGGUGGUUUCCUCGUCUUCCUUACGGGUCAGAAUGAAAUCGUUCAGCUGAGCAAGAAGCUGCGAGCCGCAUUUGGAGGCUUCACUGGAGCCAGUGCACCCAAAGUCCAGAUUUCUGCGACGGAUGCGCCAAUGGAGGUUGAAGAUAUCGACUUUGGUGAGGUGGAAGAUGCAGAUGUUGGCGAGUUUGACGACAACGUCGACGACGAUGAGAUGGAAGAUGAGGAUGACAAGGAGUUUGAGAUUGAGGGAGAAGAAGGGGAGACAGGGCCGUUGAAGAUGCAAGUUUUGCCCCUUUACUCUCUGCUGCCAACCAGGGAACAGAUGAGAGUCUUUGAGGAACCCCCAGACAACACCCGUCAAGUCAUUCUGGCAACCAACGUGGCAGAAACUAGUUUGACUAUCCCGGGUAUCCGUUACGUCUUCGACUGCGGCCGUGCCAAGGAGCGUCAAUACGAUCGCAUCAGCGGUGUGCAAACCUAUGAAAUUGGCUGGAUCAGCAAAGCCAGCGCCAGCCAGCGAGCAGGUCGUGCUGGCCGUACCGGCCCCGGCCACUGCUACAGACUCUACUCCUCGGCCGUCUACGAGAGGGAUCUCCCAGAGUUUACCGAUCCCGAAAUCCUCCGCAUGCCCGUCGACGGCGUUGUACUUCAACUCAAGGCGAUGAACCUCUCCAAUGUCGUCAACUUCCCCUUCCCGACCCCGCCGAACCGCAUGGGCCUGCGUAAGGCUGAGAAGCUUCUCACCUACCUAUCUGCCAUUAAACCCGAGGGUCAGAUCACACCCAUUGGAUCCACGAUGUCCAUCUUCCCUCUUUCUCCUCGCUUCGCCCGCAUCCUCCUCGUCGGCCACCAGCACGACUGCCUGCAGUACACCAUUAUGAUGGUGGCAGCGCUCUCGGCGGCCGAGAUCUUCGUCCCGGAACACCAAGCGAUCCCCACGCUGGCAGCCAAGGACGAGUCCGAGUUCCGCACCACCACCGAUAUGCUGGCCGAAGACCGACAGGCCAACAUCCGCCGCAUGUUCAACGCCGCACACAAGAAAUUCUGCUACCUAGACGACCGCUCCGACGCCAUCAAGCUUCUGCAGGUUGUCGGCGAGUACGCGCACGAGCCGACGGAACAAUGGUGCGAGAGCCACUUUGUGCGGUACAAGGUCAUGAAGGAGAUUGCGCAGCUGAGGGGCCAAAUCACGGAGCUUCUCCGCGCCAACAUCCCGGCGUUCAAGAACUUGAAGUACCAGGACAAGCUGGAUGCGCCUUCUGACAAGCAGGUUGCGUAUCUCAAGCAGAUGGUCGCCGCAGGCUUCAUCGAUCAGGUCGCCCUCCGCGCGGACAAGGCGCCCGUCCCACCCGAACUGGCCCGCAAGCCGCGCCGGGCUAUCGAUGUGCCUUACAUCCCUCUCGUCCCGCUCGGCACGGGCCAGGACGCAGAGAAGUUCGUCUACAUCCACCCCUCCUCGCCUUUGUCCCACCUCAGCCCAGCCGAGUGUCCCGAGUUCGUGGUGUACUCGCACCUGGCGCGCGCAACGCAGGGCGACGCGAACAAGGUGCCGAAGACGAGAAUGCACACGCUCACAGACGUCACGGGAGGCCAGCUCGCAAGUCUGGCCAAGGGGACGCCGCUUGUGAGCUACGGAAAGCCGGUGAAGGAGCUGUCCGCGACAGCAUCGACGCGUGAGGUGUGGGUUGUGCCAUACCUCCGGGCCGAGGGCGUGGGAGGCCAGGGCUGGCCGCUGCCGAUGAAGAAGGUCACGCAACGUAAGGUUGCUGGCAAGGGAUGGGUCGUCGAGUAA